AUGCCAUCAAACAAUGCUCAGAAUGUUCCCGCAGUGAUGCACAAACAGGCUGAUAGAGACGUGCCAGGUUUGGCGGCAUUAACAGCCUUGCUUGUUGGCAACGCGCUGGCAUUUGGCUGCUGGCAAACCAGGGCCAAGGGAAUGAGUGAUCACUUCCUUUGCAGUCGAUGGCACCUCCGACAUGGAAAGUGGCAUACACUUUUGACAUCGUGCAUUUUUCACCAGCGCCCAGCCCAUUUUGUUUUCAAUUCCUUUGCAUUGUGGACAGUCGGAUUGGUUGCAGCUGAACACCUGAACAAUGCUGAAUUCUUAGCCUUGUGUACUGUUAGUGGUCUUGGGUCCACUGGAAGCCAUGUACUUUUGCAGAAGGAACCUGUGAUGGGUGCAAGUGGUGUGGUCAUGGGGUUGCUGACUGCCAGCAGCGUGCUCCAGCCCGAACGGCAAUUUUCAGUGAUGCCCUUUCCCAUGACAUUCUCUCUGUCACAGCUUGCCGCCUCAGCCAUGCUGUCGAAUGUGCUUGGCUUGGCCUUGCGCCGCUUUCAUCCGUUUCAUCGUGUGGCUUGGGCAGCGCAUGUUGGCGGAGCAGUGGCUGGGGUUGGCAUGGGUUGUGCAACGAGGACAUGCCGUGGAAGUGACGCUUCUCGUGGCAAGUUAAACGGAAGUGCACAUUGA